AUGAAACUAGAAAACCCGUCAAACUGCCUUGGCAUUGGAGGCUCGAAAUUCCUAAUCAUCGCCGCCGCCUUCUUGGCCUGCGCCUAUGCUGAUGUCUCCGAACUGGGUUCCGGUGGCUAUGAUUAUCCCCAGCCUGUGGCUCCUAAGAAUACCUAUAUUCCACCCCCACCACCACCACCGCCGCCGGCACCCAAGAACACCUAUAUCCCACCCUCCGGCACCCAAGAACACUAUAUUCCACCACCAGCGGCUCCUGCCAAGGCUUACAUCCCACCCCCACCACCACCACCACCACCGGCACCCAAGAACACCUAUAUCCCACCUGCACCUGCACCAGCUGCCCCCGUUGAGACCUAUAUUCCUCCUCCGGCAGCUCCUGCUCCGGCUUACAUCCCACCCGCACCCGUUCAGGCCGAGGAGCCUGUCCUGGAGGAGAUCGAGCAGCCUGCCCAGGAUGGUUAUCGCUACAAGACCGUGCGUCGUCGCGUCUUCCGUCACCGCAACUAA